AUUAUCACAACAUGUUUUUACCUCGUGAUAAUUAAAAUUGUCACUAUGAAACACGACCUACGUUGAUCUCGUGUCAGAUCCCUUGAUUUUCGCCUGGACUUUUUUGUGACAUCAAAAUAUGGAGAUAGAAAACAGAAGGCUCUCAUUACAGAAAAAUGAAGACACUAUAAACUCAAGUGAAACCUCGGAAGAGAAGAAAGAAGAGCGGGAACAUUGGUCAGGCCAACUCGAUUUUAUCCUGUCAUCAGUUGGUUAUGCCGUCGGUAUUGGUAACAUAUGCAGGUUUCCAUAUCUAUGUUAUAAAAACGGAGGAGGAGCAUUUUUAAUUCCAUAUCUUGUAUUUAUGGUCAUUGGUGCUGUGCCAAUAUAUUACUUAGAGUACGGGAUAUCUCAAUUUUCAAGCAGCAGUGUUUUAACCGUCUGGAAGAUAUGUCCACUUCUGAAAGGAGUUGGUUAUGGAGCUUUAAUAGUUUCUGGGAUAUUUUGUGUUUACAUCAACAUAUUUCUGACAUGGAUAUUGUAUUUUCUGUACAAAUCAAUGACACCGAUUCUGCCAUGGAGCAAUUGCAAGAAUGAAUGGAAUACAAUGCUCUGUCAUAAUAGUCCCGCAGAUAAUGAAUCAAAUCUAUUGUUAGCGCAUAAUACGUCAGCCGUCAAUGGAUCUAAGUAUACUAGUCGUGUAUUCCCUCUUAAUGAGAUCAAAAUGACUGCCAGUGAAGAAUUCUGGAAAUACAAUGUACUGCAAAUUACAGUAGGGAUAGAGGAUAUAGGAGGAAUUAGACUGGAACUUCUUGUAUGUCUGGCUAUCGCUUGGCUUAUCAUCUUUCUUUGUUUAUGUAAAGGAAUAAAGUCUUCGGGAAAGAUAGUGUAUGUGACUGUUACUUUUCCAUACAUAGUAAUGGUCAUCUUUCUUGUAAGAGCAGUAACAUUACCAGGAGCUGCAGAAGGAAUAAAGUUCUUUUUAAUUCCAAAAUGGCACAAAAUGCUUUCUACAAAGGUUUGGGGUGAGGCAGCAACGCAGAUAUUUUUCUCGUCUGGAGCCGGUUGGGGAGCACUGCUGACAUUUGCAAGCUUUAACAAAUUUCACCAUAAUAUUCAAAGGGAUGCUAUCAUGGUACCUAUUAUAAACAGUGGAACCAGUAUUUUUGCCGGAUUUGUAACAUUUUCAAUACUUGGAUUUAUGGCUCAUGAAAAGGGAAUGUCAGUGGACGAUGUAGUGACACAAGGUCCAGGUCUUGCAUUUGUAGCUUAUCCAGAGGCAGUUUCAAAAUUACCAAUAUCGCCGUUGUGGGCAGUUUUAUUUUUUCUAAUGCUGAUGACAAUAGCCAUUGAUACCCAGUUUGGUACAUUUGAAACCAUUACAAAUGCCAUUAUUGAUGAAUAUCCACAUAUUUUGAGGAGAAGAAAGUCUCUGGUCACAGUUUGUUUUUGUUGCAUUGGAUUUAUUUUAGGUUUACCAUUUAUAACGGAGGGAGGAAUAUAUGUUUUACAAAUCGUUGACUGGUACUGUGGACUAUUUACACCAAUGAUAGUGGCAACUCUAGAGUGUUUGGUCAUUGGAUGGAUAUAUGGCACAGACAGAUUUAACCAAGACAUUCAGAUGAUGAUAGGAUAUCCACCGUGUUGCUGGUGGAAAUUUUGUUGGAAAUGGUUGACUCCUUGUUUUCUGAUGAUGAUACUUUUGUUUAACAUGUUGCAAUUGAAACCAGUUUCCUUUGACACAUACCAGUAUCCAGCAUGGGCUAUUGGAUUUGGCUGGGUUAUUGGUAUGGUAUCUGUGUUACCAAUUCCCUUAUACAUUAUCAAAACACUGUGGUGCGCUAAUGGAACAAUUUUGCAGAAAUUUACAAAUUCACUGAAACCGAUGAUUGACUGGAGACCAAUUUUAGAAGAACCAGCUUCAACUAAAUCGCUUACUGUUGAAUUUAACGGGACAAACCACGUACUUCUCAAAGACUAUGGAGUAUUUCCAAAGCAUCAACAGUUUCUCAAAUUCACAGUUCAAGGACCAAAAGAUCUUCAUCUGAAAUUACUAUCAAGCAAGAUAUCAGUUCGCAAACCCAUUUACUAUAUAAUAAUAGCGGGUUGGAAUAAUAAAAAAUCGGUCCUUGGUCGGAGUGAAAUUCUCGCACGUGAUGUUGUGAACUUUUACAAGAAACCUGGUCUUUUUGACAUAAACCAAGAGAAAAAAUUUUGGAUUAGUUGGGAGAAUGGAAAAGUUCUAGUUGGAACAGGAAAUAUUCUAAACAAAGACAUCAUCAUGAAAUGGCAAGAGCCUUGUUCAUUUGCAGUUCAAAAUAUUGAAAUCAGUACAAUGCAUGAAGCAUCUUUGAACUUGAAAUUUUUUCUUGAUGAUUCAACUGUACAAUGUCAAAAGAAGAGUUUGGUCGAAUGGAAACUUGAGAAGAAAUCUGAUUGUCCUACCUUUAACAUUCUCAAAAGUUUGGAAGAAAAUUCAGAAGUGGAAUGUGCGAUUCUUUGUAUUUCGAACUUGGAAUGUGGUGGAUUUGUUUUCAAUCAAAAAGCUUGUACCUGUACAUUGUUUUCAGAUAUUGUGCAAAAUGAUAUCAUAUUAUCGAGGAAUCGUAUUAACAAUUUUAUGGACGACUGA